AGCCACUGCCUCUCGUCUUGCAUUUUCGACUUGCGGUCCGCACUAUGAGAUAAAAAAAUUCUACAAACCCACACUACCAGCGCCUGCUAUUCCUCCUUUGUCUCUUACCAAUUUUAAUAAUGGCCUCCUUCCCCAACUCCUAACAGAGAUAUUUGUGUCACUGUUGAAAGGUAUAUACUGGUUUGCGUUUUCUUUUUCUAAAUAGAUUAAGGGUCUUAUGCUGUUAUGGGCGCUGGUAUUGGUCUUGGCGUUAAUGGUGGGAUGUGUUGGUCCUAGUAGCGGCAGUUUGUAUCAUGGUUUUUGGAGAUUCUUUUAGGUGUAUAGAGAUCGCGUCAAUUGAUAUAAUUACCGUUCGUUCAUUUUAAUUGUUAGGCUUUCAACUUCAGUACUAAUAUUUAUGGUUCUAGACUUUUUACCCUCUUUUUUCUGCUGGUUAUUGCUAAUUAGUUCACGCCUUGUCUCGAGGGCUUCGCAUUUUAUGAGAAGAUAACCUCCUGUUUGGUUUUCGAAAAGUUAAGGGAGAGAAAAAGGCUCAGAUGGUAGGCUGGCGAAUAGAAACAAGCAUUUGAGCUGAGAAAAGAAACAAAGAUUAAGUGCUUCUGUUGGAGUCAUGGAAGCUGACGAAGGCAAUCCUGCAUCAACCUCAGUGUUGGAGUCUUCUGCAGUAGUCUCUGAUAAUCAAACUCUGAUGCCUAUUGUUGAAACAAUUCCAGCUCUUCCUGUCCAACCUAUUAUUCCACCAGUUGUCCCAGCUGCUAUACCACCAGUGAUUGUGCCGUCUAUAGCUCCAAUACUGACAAUUCCUCCCCCCCAAGUUCCAGCUCCAUUAGCACCUCUACCAGUCCGACCUCCUAUCUUUAAGCCCACUGUGCCGCCUCAAAAUGGGGAGGUGAGAACCAGUGAUUCAGAUUCUGAUCGUGAUGACUUAGAUUCAACACGGGCUACCACGGGUGAAUAUGAGAUUUCAGAGGAGAGCAGACAAGUAAGGGAGCGCCAGGAAAAGGCAAUUCAGGAUCUUCUCAUGAAGCGACGUGCUUCUGCUCUUGCAGUGCCUACUAAUGACAUGGCUGUCCGGGCUCGUCUUCGCCGGCUUGGUGAACCCAUAACUCUUUUUGGGGAACGAGAGAUGGAAAGACGAGAUAGGUUGCGGAUGCUUAUGGCAAAGCUGGAUGCUGAAGGGCAGUUGGAAAAGCUGAUGAAAGCUCACGAAGAAGAGGAGGCUGCCGCAACUGCUACUGCAGAUGAUGCUGAAGAAGAAAUGAUCCAGUACCCUUUUUAUACUGAGGGUUCAAAGGCACUCUUGAAUGCUAGAAUUGAUAUUGCAAAAUAUUCUAUUGUUAGGGCAGCAUCUCGUCUUCAACGUGCGCACAGGAAAAGAGCUGAUCCGGAUGAAAACAUUGAUGCAGAAAUUGAUUGGGCUCUGAGGCAGGCAGAGAGUUUGUUCCUUGAUUGCAGUGAGUUUGGGGAUGAUCGACCACUCUCUGGUUGCUCCUUCUCUCAUGAUGGGAAUCUACUUGCUACAUGUGCUUUAAGUGGAGUUGCUAAAAUUUGGAGCAUGCCAAAAGUGGAAAAGGUUUCUGCCUUGAAGGGACACACUGAACGAUUGACUGAUGUUGCAUUUUCUCCUGUGCAAAAUCAUCUGGCUACUGCUUCUGCUGACCGGACUGCAAGGUUAUGGAACACUGAUGGAUCUCUCCUGAAUACUUUUGAAGGCCAUCUGGAUCGUCUUGCUCGAAUUUCUUUCCAUCCAUCUGGGAAAUACUUGGGCACAACCAGCUUUGACAAAACAUGGAGACUGUGGGACAUAGAUACGGGAGUCGAGUUGCUUCUUCAAGAAGGUCACAGUAGGAGCAUCUAUGGAAUUGCCUUCCACCAUGAUGGAUCUUUGGCAGCUUCUAGUGGACUGGAUUCAUUGGCACGUGUUUGGGACCUGCGUACAGGAAGAAGUAUUCUUGCCUUUGAAGGCCAUGUGAAGCCGGUCCUUGGCAUUAGUUUUUCACCCAAUGGAUACCAUCUAGCGACUGGUGGUGAGGACAAUACUUGUCGCAUAUGGGACUUGAGGAAGAAAAGAUCCUUCUAUGUUAUUCCAGCACACUCAAAUCUUAUAUCACAAGUGAAAUUUGAGCCUCAAGAAGGGUAUUUCCUGGUGACUGGGUCAUAUGACAUGACAGCUAAGGUUUGGUCUGGCCGAGACUUUAAGCUUGUAAAAACCUUGUCAGGGCAUGAGGCAAAAGUUACGUCUCUGGAUGUUGGUGCAGAUGGGUGUUCCGUAGCGACAGUUUCACAUGAUAGGUGGAUCAAGCUGUGGUCAAUCAAUAGAAAGGAGCAGGCAAUGGAUGUUGACUGAGUUUUCCACUUAACUUCUCCGGAUUUCACUUUCCAAAUCAUUUUAGACAGCAUAGAUUUUCAGAGUACCAGUUUUUCUCAAAAACAUUUUUUCUGUGAGAGAUCAAUGCUUCUUGCAUCUGAUAGGAUUUUGAAGCUACUUGUAUUCAGUCUGCCUUAGUUUAAAUUUUGUUAAUAUUAUUGAUCAAACUAGGUAAAAUUGUUUUGUCAUUGCUGUUAAUGGAAAUAUGUGGUGUCUUUGACAAAUUUAGUAAGAUACUGAUUUAUGUUUAAAAUUUUAAAUUAGUGAUUUGGCAGAUUCAAUUUAUUUGGAAUUUUCUUCCAA